UUAGUGCUAUAAGCGGAGCAACUUGGUGGCUUUACUGAAGGAAGGUGAUUUGCAUUAGAGUAAGAUGCGACGAAUCUGGAAUUGAAAUCUGUAAUUCACCUGUCAUUAUCCUGCAGGUGAAAAACGUCAGUCUGGUCUGUUUGUACCUGAAUCAUUGGAGGAAAGCUGAGAAGCACUGAGUGUGAAGGUCUGAAAGGAAUUGAGGGUGUGUGCAAAAAGCCGUGAUGGAGAAAUGAGUGGGCAGGAGCCCUCUCCUUAAGUCUUCCUAUAAAUGGUCUAAGAAUAAAACAAUGAAAAACACUUCUGGUUGGUCACUGUUCUGUGGGAAUGGCCAUACCCUUAACGUGCUCUUGGAUUUCUUUGGCUUUGUGGCUUUAUAAGUACGGGGAAAAUACCCUCCUAGGAACACCAGGUAGCUUUGCCAAAUUGAAGUUCAUUUGUGUUAGGCUGCGUGGGGAAGGAACAUCAAAUGAGCUUUUCUUUUCUGUUACAAAAUUAAAGGCCAACUUAACCAACUUCAUGCACAGUUGCUGUGGCAGGGCAUCACAAGAGGAGCUGGUGCUGCUGGAUGCCAGCCACAAAAUCAAGGCAGCUCAUGAGGAGCCAGGACCAGAGGUGAUGGAGACCCAUUCUUUUCCUACUGCCAGUCACCCUGCUGUGAAGCAGGAGAAGGCAUACCUCUGCCUGGGCAGGCCACUGCCUGCAUGGAGACCAGACCUGUGGUCUUACAGACGUUGGGCAGGGUUCAUCAUCGACCGUGCUGGAUGCUUGCUGGGUGGACAGGAGUGGGACUGCAGAUCAGAAGGGGCUGUAGAGCUUGGGGAGUGAGGCUGAAGAGGGUGAGAGCUCAUCAGCUCUCUCAGUGGGGAGGGUAAUGGUUGAGCCGUGAAGAGAUGCAUCCCUGUGUACUGCCCUGUGGAGGGUAUUACAGGGGUGCUGUGGCUUCCUUGACCACUGCCUUCAAGAAGAGGAUUACUGGUGGUGAGUGACUGCCAAACCUCAGCGAGCAGGGCUUUCGGUAUCGCCUCUGGGCUCAUGCUGGCAGAUUUUUCAGGUGAUACCUCUAGGGACAAAGAUCCAGAAGCAGGAUCUGUAAAACAACAGCAGGGUUGUGGCUGGCAAGGGCUGACCAGCAUGGUUAACUACCCAAUAGUAGCAGUGUGGGAAAACAGGAAUUGGACAUUUUAAUGCACACCUUUUUACAAACUUCAGCCACUUACUGGAAAGAUGGUAGUGAUCUCCCAACUCUUCAUUGCACUGAAGAUGGGAGGAGCUUGCUCAGGAGGGAGAGACGUGGGGACAGGUCGCUUUGUAUGCGCUGGCUGCUUCGUAAUGGGAGAUCAGUCUCUUGAAAGUAAGAGGAAAAUGUGAGGGAAAUAACAUUAUCCUAAUAAAGGUCUACUAACAGGCCACAAGACCAAGGACAUAAAUCCUCUGGCAUGAUUAGUCUGACUCCACAGGUACCUGAUCAGGCUGGUGGGACACACUGACCAACCAGCUCUAGGAAAACUGUGGCAAACUUAUUUUUUAACACAAAGCGAGUGGAAAAAAAAAAUAAUGAGUGGGUUGUCCUAGAUUUGAGUCUAUCUCCUGGGUUGAAACUGUGACAAUGAACAGUAUUUUUAACAGCGGUGAUGUUAGAUGAAUACCAGUAGCCAAAGCACCACAGGUGAAGUACAACCAGCUAGGAGCAAAAGGUGAUCAUGUAUCUUAAUGCUCAAGCUAUGGAAAAACUAUGGGGAAAAUGGAUUAUGGAGUACUGCAUGUUAGAUGUUUAAAUCACUGUGGCCAGAAAAACUCUCUCCAGAGCAUCUGGGGGAAUUGGCUGAGGCAGUCAUAGAUGCUACCAAAUAACCCAGCAGCAUGUAUGGGGCUGAUGCUGUACUGGAAGGCUGGAAAAGGUGAAACGCUGUCUUGAGUAUGCACUGCAUUGGAUCAACUAACUUGUGCAUCAGUUGAUUCAAUGCAAGGCUCUAAAAGACAUUGGAAUAAGUAAUCAAACUCCUGUUAAGGUUGAAGACGGGCUGGUGGUUGGGUGCAGCUGAAAAGGAUCUGCUGAGAUGGAUUCACAUCAAACUAAUGUAAUUUUUGGCAUGGUCUGGCACCACAUCAUAAGCAAGCAAGCGAUAUAGUCAAAAUAGACAUGAUGUUUUGGGAACCCUUACUACAAAGAGCAGCUUUUGAUGAAUAAUUGUCAUCUGGAAGGAUCUAAAAAUGGGGCUGUACAAAAGACUGGUCUGGGUCUAGGGCUUGGCCAUAUUUCCAUGAAGGGCUUUUUGAACAAAGCAUGUGUCACUGCUCUAGGGCUGGCUGGGUUGGUGAUACCUCAGGCAAGAGGAAUGGGAUUUGCUCACCAGCUCUUGAGAUAAUUUCGAAAAAGUUUGUGAUCAAGUAGGGAAAAAGUGUUCCUUAGCAAAGUGCUUUGCAGUCAGCUGCCUGGCUGUAGAGCAGCUCUUGGUAAAGUAAUGUGGUGGUGGAUCGGAAAUUUGUCAGCUGUAUAGCAAACUUGCAGCAACCAAAACGGAAGAAGCCAACUGCAAAUGCAGAAAACAGAAAAAGCCAACUUUGGAUGUCUGAAGAACUGUGCUAUCCACCACAUGCAUGGAGCGCUCCUUUAGUUUUUCUUGGCACUGGUAAAGCUCAUGUGAUGUCCAGCUUUUGGUGUUGAUUUUUGAGAAAGUAAGCUGUGGACUGUUAGAGUGGGAACAAGGAGAGCAAUCGCAGUGCUAGAAGACGUGACCCAGGAGGAAAGAGACCUCACCACCCCCUUAUCAGUAUAGGUCUUACUGCAAACACUAGGUAAGCUAAUAUAAAUGAAAUGCUGCUUAGUACAGUCCAUUGACUACUUACGGCUUCCUUGGCCAUAAUCUAGUAACUACUGAUCUGGAGAAGGUGGGAGGGAAAUGUAUUAAUAGUGUUUUGCUGCAAAGAGGGCAGGGACUUCACCAAGGGAGCUUUGAGUUGGAUUGGGACAGAACUAGGUGCUGGGAAGGGCAAGACAUUGGUGGCAGCUGGAGGCGUUGGGGCCAGACUGGUGAAUUGGCUGCCAGGGUUAGUUGGGAUGCAGUUGAUCCUGCUCAAUGGUUAGGCUUGAUGACUUUUUGAUAUCUUGAGGACUCUGUUUUCAGAUACUUCACGCCAUGAUGCAGCUAGAAUAUGGAUGCAGGCAUGUGCUGGGGGACGAGGAACUUCUUGCUUUCCUUCCUCUGCUUGUGUUUCAGGUCACCUUCUAUGAAGACAAGAAUUUCCUAGGACGUUGCUAUGAGUGCGACAGCGACUGCCCCGAUUUUCACACCUACCUGAGCCGCUGCAACUCCAUUCGGGUGGAUGGAGGCACCUGGGUGGCCUAUGAGAGACCCAACUUUUCCGGGAACAUGUAUGUUCUGACACACGGGGAGUAUCCUGACUACCACCACUGGAUGGGCCUCAACGACCGCCUCGGCUCCUGCAAAGCCGUCCAGAUACCAAGUGGAGGCCGGGGCCACAUCCAAGUAUUUGAGAAGGGAGAUUUUGGCGGGCAGAUGUUUGAAGCCACCGAAGACUGCCCUUCCGUCAUGGAGGAGUGGCACAUGCGCGAGGUCCACGCCUGCAGAGUGCUGGAGGGCGUCUGGGUUUUCUAUGAGCAUCCCAACUACCGGGGCAGGCAGUACCUGCUGCCCAAGGGGGAGUACCGCAAACCCGUGGAGUGGGGAGCAGCGAGCCCCGCUGUUCAGUCCUUCCGCAGCAUUGCCGAGUGAGGCAGCCCAUUGACUGGGUUGCCGGAGGCCGUCAAUAAAGCAACUGAGUCACUCA